AUGAGUGUAAAAAAAACCAUUACGCGAGAAACUGUAAAUAAAAGAAAUAAUGUAAUAAAUAAUUACGAACGAAAAAAUUGGAUAAAGGAAAUAACCAAGGAAUAUAUAGAAAAAAAUGAAGGAAUUUGUACAUUAACGAAUAAUCAUAAAUAUAUACGCGAUAAUAAAACAGGACAAGAAAAAAGAACCAUAAUAGGAAAUAAUGGAUUUGAUGGAAUAGGAUCAAUCAAAAUUGAAGGUGAUGUAAUUAAAUUUAUAGUUCAAUGUAAAACGUCUCAAAUGCAUAAUGAUAUAUCAGCGUUGCAAGGAGUUUUGACGAGAUAUCCUGAUCAUAUCGGAUUAAUGAUAGUUGCAAAUAAUUCUCUUAACGUAGCAGCUAGAAAUAUUGCAAAACAAUCUGAACAAACUAUUUUAGUUAUUGAAAUUUCGGAAUUAAAAAACUUAAAAGAUAUACUCUCAAAAACUAAAAUUGCGACAAAGUCUAUCAUUGAAUAUCAUACUGAAGAAACGAUAAUUAAAGGAUAUAAGAAAUACAAUAAUCAUGGAAUUUUGGUUGAAGAAGCAAGAGAAAAAAGACAAGUAAAAAUCAUACAAAAGAAGCAUACAAAAGGAGCAUCAUGUUUGGAUCCUUAUAAAAGAACACAAAUUUCAAGAAAGAGGGUGGUUUCAAAAGAAAAUAAUUAA